AUGGAUGAUUCAGCAGCUAAAAAGGGUGAAGAUAAUAAAAGAGUGUAUACGUAUCCACUUUUAAAAUACUGUGACAUGCAUGAAGACAUGCAAACUGAAGUAUUGGAGCUAUGCGUGACAGCAUGUGAGAAACAUUCAACUGAUAAUGAGGCAGCAGCUCGUUUUGUAAAAGAAACUAUGGAUAAAAAGUUCGGAGCAUCAUGGCAUGUAGCAGUUGGUGAAGGUUUUGGUUUUGAAAUUACGUACGAUAUCAAUAGUAUCCUGUAUAUGUUUUGUGGUGGAAAUUUAGGCUUGGUGGUCUGGAAAUGCUCUUGAAAAAUAAUUAAACAAUGUAAAUAUUUCACAGCAGACUAAAAAAUGUGUACAGUGUGAACAACUGCUUCAAAUGAAUUUUCAUAGAAAUGCAAACCUAAGGAAAUGUUUUGUCAAAAUUUUCUCUGUUGCCCUGAAGUUCUCCGAUCGGAUGAUACGUAGAAACAAGUAGAUGUAUGGCUUAUCCAAAAAGUUCUCAUCGGAUCUCAUUCUCUUUUUUUUAAUAAACUAUAUUUUUUAAUGGUCAAACAAUCUCUUGUUACCUAAAACUUUUGGAAUACUUGAGUUAUUUUUAUCAAUAUUUAUAUAUUUACAAUUGUAUUACAUCCC